AUGGCAGACCGCGACCCAAUAACCUGCCAUAUCCUCAACACCUUUAACGGCACCCCGGCUCCCGGCCUCGCCUGCACCCUCACGCUCCACAGCAUCCUCCUGCCCGCUGGCGCCCCGCAACCCGCCAACCUCCCCGCGACCCUCCACGCCGUCACCGACGUCGACGGUCGUAUCAAACACUGGCACCCUUCUCCCCAUCCUCCUUCUUCUGUUACUACUACUGCUACUACGACGACGACAUCCCCUGCUACCCCAGGAACAGGAACAGGAACAGGAACCACAUCCUCCGCAGCAGUCGACACAACAGCAGCACCAGCACCAGGCCCCUCAAUCCGUUCCCUCCUCGCGUCCAUCCACGAACAGCGCGGCGGCCAGCAGCGCUCGAUCUGGACCCUGCGCAUUCGGAACGUGGGCGAGUGGUACGCCGAGCAAGGGGUGGAGAGCUUCUGGCGCGAAAUCGAGGUGGAGUUUUUGGUCAAGGGCAGCGAGCGGUGGGAUGGGUGGAGGCAUUACCAUGUCCCUGUGCUAUUGGGGCCGUGGAAUUAUACGACGUAUCGGGGGUCGUAG